AUGCAGCAGUUCAUUCCGGUUCCAUCGUCCCCACCGAGCCACUUGAAGACUACACAUAGCCAUGGAGCUGUCCACUAUGAUACGGCCAGUAGACCGCAGUCCCCGGUCUGGAAUCGCAACGAGCGCCAAAUUAGCUCAGACCAAUCUGUAGGGCUAGGUGCUGCCCCCACCGAAGGCCCCGUGUCCGAUGAGGCCACUGUUCAAGUGGAUGGGCCAGCGGCAAAAUCCGCCCCAUGCGCCGAGAAGCUCACGUUGAGAGCAUUGUUGGAAAAGAUCCGUCGGGAGAAGGGAACCGAGCAGGUGGAUUUACUCAGUGUGUACUUUGGGGAACCUGGGAUCGACCUCAAUGUACACAUUCAGGGUGAUUUUACCGUGACCUUGUUGUAG